UUGAUGCCUUUCUACCAAAUUUGCUUAUAAUGGUUUCCACUAGCAUCUGGAGGUUGGGAUUCACUAUUAUCUCAAAGCUUGUUAAAACAUUCACUUGCAUUUGAAUGCAAAAAUCUUGUGUGAUUCAAUUUUGUCUCGUGUUUAUUUUCAAAGUAACAACCUCCAAUGAAUAAGAUAGAAUAUCCUUUCUGAUCUUUGUUGAGUGUAUUCAUAUACCGUCCUUCUCCAACAAAUACUAAUUCUGAUGUUGCCUGCAGACCUUUUACAAAGUUGUUAGGAGCUGGGCCUCAAAAAAGUUCUUGACUGGAUGGUUGUAGGUUCAAUAUGACUGUAUUGGUACUUCUUGGCUAUAUUUAUACGGUACAAAUACACAAGGACUAGACUGGGGAAUGCAAGAGUUUCUACUCUGAUCAUACCAUUAUGUUUUAAUAUGUUUUAAUGGAUCAAAGAGUGGUGAGGGUGGAGCGGAUGGACUGGUGCAACAUUCUUCCUGAAGUGUCAUCCUCUUGCCUAUAGCAACCACUUUCUAUAUCACAUGGUGGUUUAUUCAUCUUGUCGAUGGGUUCUUCUCCCCGAUUUAUGAGCAACUUGGAAUUGAGAUCUUUGGUCUAGGAUUUGUUACUUCCAUCACUUUCAUUUUCUUGGUUGGAGUGUUUAUGUCAUCAUGGUUGGGGACAUCUGUUUUGAGCCUUGGCAAGUGGUUCAUCAAGCAUAUGCCAUUUGUUCAUCAUAUUUACAAUGCCUCCAAGCAGAUCAGUGCUGCCAUAUCUCCAGAUCAGAACACACAUGCUUUCAAGGAAGUGGCCAUUAUAAGGCAUCCACGUAUUGGUGAAUAUGCAUUUGGGUUCAUCACUUCAUUUGUCACACUCCAGUUAAUGUUUUCUAACUUGCAAAGCUAUGCUAAAUCAUUACUAGGACAGUGUGUUACAAUAAUAAAUCUCACCGAUCAGGCUUUAGACAAAUGGAGGCUUCCAAAUUCUAGAGUAUUGUUGAUUUGUAAAAUGUUAGUUUUAUAUCCUUUCUUUGUAAGGACAAUGCUACAUUAACAAACCCAUCUACAAAAUGUAAUUGGAGGGCCGCCACUUGUUGAGUUUGUCAAACAUUUUGUACAUAUAUCUUUAUCCUUUUUGUAAAAUGUUUGCCUGUGUGGUUAGUUUUGUAUAUAGUUUGACAUUGGAGAUAAAACAUCCCCCCUCGUAUUUGUC